CGGAGUGAGAAAAAAAGGACAUAACGAGAGGAGAAAAGAAAGGAGCUGUAAGGCCGUUCCUUGAAUAUUUCUUGCAGCACUGGACCUCGUGGAAUACUCAGAGUUACUUAAACACACUCUGCAGGUCUUUGCAAGUGCAUCCUCUAUAGAUGGAGACAUAGCACUGUAUUGCUUUAAUCCCUGUUGGCACGUGGGUUGCAGUUUAUAGAUGCAGUUAACAGGACCGGCUUAUUAUUCAUGUGAGACAAAGUGAGAGGAUGGGAGCCCUUCGCCUCUCUUUUGCUCUGUUCUUCCUCUCAUUCUCUCCCGCUCAAGCCCAAUGGUGGAAUUUCAUCUGGGCAAAACCUAAAACCACCACAAUCUCUAUGACUUCUCCCAUUCCUUCCUACAUCACUUCUCCAUCCAUCACCUCCCUGGGUUCUUCUGACAUCCCAGGGACAGCAGAAUGGAUGUUAAAGGAGGACGGGGUGACAGAGAAAGCCCCGGAGACAAGCACUCUGACAGAGGGGUCUGUACUGCCCCUCACACCCACCCCUGGAGUGGAAAUCUUUGGUCAAAGCACUGCAGUACCUGGGACUUUACCUCCAAAGGAGAAUGCAGGUGCUGGCAGCAAAGCUAGGGCCCAAUGCAAACCCCUGAAACACUGGAAAAGUGAGCGAGGCUCAGCAGGUCAUCUGGACCUGACGGAGUUAAUUGGCGUGCCCCUCCCUCCCUCCGUCUCCUUUACUCCUGGCCAUGAGGGUUUUCCAGCCUACAACCUCGGGCCUGAUGCCAACAUCGGUCGGCUCACCAAGACCUUCGUGCCAGGCUCAUUCUACAGAGACUUUGCCAUCAUUGUUACGGUGCGUCCAGCCUCUCAGAGAGGAGGGGUCCUCUUCGCCAUCACAGAUGCCCGUCAGAAGGUGGUGGAGCUGGGUUUGGCCCUCACUCCGGUACGGGGGGGCCUCCAGAGCAUCUUACUAUACUACACUGAUGAGGAACAAGCUUCACACAGCCAAAAAGCUGCUUCCUUUAGUGUCCCUGAUAUGACCGAGCAGUGGACACGAUUCACGGUGGUGGUGGAGCAAGAUGAGGUCCGUCUCUACAUGGACUGUGGCGAGGCAGAGAGGACGACAUUCCAUCGCAGACCAGAACGACUCAACUUCUCGCACAAUUCAGGAGUUUUCGUAGCUAAUGCAGGAGGCACGGGGCUCAACAAGUUUGUGGGAUCCAUUCAGCAGCUGGUGAUAAAAGAUGAUCCUAGAGCAGCUGAGGAGCAGUGUGAAGAUGAUGACCCUUAUGCCUCGGGAUUCACCAGUGGAGAUGAUGCAUUGGAUGACAGAGAGUCAGAGGAGGAAAUGAUGAAGAACACACACGAGAGAAAACAAGGCACAAAGAAGGAGGAGGACAGUGUUCCAGUCAGAGCUCCACCCACUGAGGCCCCGGAGAUGGAGCUGGAGGAGUUCUCCGGUCAGCAGACUACAACAGAGGCCACUAAAGACAUGCUGCUAAAAGGGCCACACAUGACACAGGAGCCAGGGGAGGGACCCAGAGAUGGUCAUGUCAUACAUGGGAUAAAAGGAGAGCGUGGAAGUCCUGGACCCAGAGGCCCACCUGGACACCCAGGCCCCAGCCAUCUACCUGGGCAAGCUCAACCUGGGCCGAGAGGGACACAAGGACCAGCCGGAGCCCCCGGGUCCCCAGGACAGCAAGGGAGAGACGGACAGGCGGGACACAAGGGUGAUAAG